UGCUCCGGACGGGACCGCGAGCACAGGCCGCUCCGCGGUGGUCUCGGAUCCCCGCGGGACCCCCGCCCGCCCGCCUGGUCCAGUCGCCUGCGCGCUCCAGCGGCAGGUUUCUCUUCCCCUGCACAUCUUCCUUGGCAAGCCCAGCGGGCAGCAGCGUGUGAGCCCACAAUGUUCAGCUGGCUGAAGAAGAGCGGGAUUCGGGGCCAGCACCCCGAGGCCAUCCGCACGGUGACCUCCUCCCUCAAGGAGCUGUACCGCUCCAAGCUACUGCCCCUGGAGGAGCAUUAUCGCUUUGGGGCUUUCCAUUCACCAGCCCUGGAGGAUGCCGACUUCGACGGCAAGCCCAUGGUGCUGGUGGCUGGCCAGUACAGCACCGGCAAGACCAGCUUCAUCCAGUACCUACUGGAACAAGAGGUGCCUGGCUCCCGUGUGGGGCCUGAGCCCACCACCGACUGCUUCGUGGCCGUGAUGCAUGGUGACACUGAGGGCACUGUGCCUGGCAACGCCCUUGUGGUGGACCCUGAAAAGCCCUUCCGCAAACUCAAUCCCUUCGGGAACACCUUUCUCAACAGGUUCAUGUGCGCUCACCUCCCCAAUCAGGUCCUGGAGAGCAUUAGCAUCAUCGACACCCCAGGCAUCCUGUCAGGCGCUAAACAGAGAGUGAGCCGUGGCUAUGACUUCCCCGCGGUGCUGCGCUGGUUUGCUGAACGUGUGGAUCUAAUCAUCCUUCUCUUCGAUGCGCACAAGCUGGAGAUCUCCGAUGAGUUCUCAGAGGCUAUUGGUGCCCUGCGGGGCUACGAGGACAAGAUCCGUGUGGUGCUCAACAAGGCUGACAUGGUGGAGACACAGCAGCUGAUGCGUGUCUAUGGGGCGCUCAUGUGGGCACUGGGCAAAGUGGUGGGCACGCCUGAGGUGCUGCGUGUCUACAUAGGCUCCUUCUGGUCCCAGCCACUCCUUGUGCCGGACAACCGGCGCCUCUUCGAGCUUGAGGAACAGGACCUCUUCCGCGACAUCCAGGGCUUGCCCCGCCAUGCCGCCCUGCGCAAGCUCAAUGACCUGGUGAAGAGGGCCAGACUGGUGCGGGUUCAUGCCUACAUCAUUAGCUACCUGAAGAAGGAGAUGCCCUCUGUGUUUGGGAAGGAGAACAAGAAGAAGCAGCUGAUCCUCAAGUUGCCUGUCAUCUUUGCUAAGAUCCAACUGGAACAUCACAUAUCUCCUGGGGACUUCCCUGACUGCCAGAAGAUGCAGGACAUGCUGAUGGCGUAUGACUUCACCAAGUUCCACUCACUGAAGCCAAAGCUGCUGGAGGCGCUGGAUGAGAUGCUGACACACGACAUUGCCAAGCUUAUGCCCCUGCUGCGGCAGGAGGAGCUGGAGAGCACAGAGGUGGGCGUGCAGGGUGGUGCUUUCGAGGGCACCCACAUGGGCCCCUUUGUGGAGCGGGGACCCGACGAGGUCAUGGAGGACGGCGAGGGCUCAGAUGAUGAGGCUGAGUGGGUGGUGACCAAGGACAAGUCCAAAUAUGAUGAGAUUUUCUACAACCUGGCCCCCGCUGAUGGCAAGCUGAGUGGCACCAAGGCCAAGACCUGGAUGGUGGGCACCAAGCUGCCCAACUCAGUUCUGGGGCGCAUCUGGAAGCUGAGUGACGUCGACCGGGAUGGCAUGCUGGACGACGAGGAGUUUGCCCUGGCCAGCCACCUCAUUGAGUCCAAGCUUGAGGGCCACGGGUUGCCCACCAACCUGCCCCGCCGUCUUGUGCCACCCUCCAAACGACGUCAUAAGGGAUCUGCUGAGUGAGCCAGCUGUUGCCUGCCAGCCCUCCCUCCCUCCUAUUUGUCCUGCUGUGGCUCCCCAGCUCUUGUCAGCUGCACACACACCCCCCCCCCCAUCUGGCCUGCACACACCCUGCCUGCCUAUCCUGCCCAGCUGUAAAGACAGGGGUCUCCCUAGCAGCCACAGCCAAGGGGGGGGGGGGGCAGGGGAGAGGCAAGGCUUCCUUGCCUGCCCUUCACACCUCUACCCUCACAUACACUCGGGCACACUACACUGGCACUAACACCCUGACAUACAGUCAUCCAACCAACCAUGCAUGGUUCAUUCAGUAUUUAUUGAAUACCUACUAUGUUCCGGGCCUCAUUCCAGGCACUGGAGAUGACAACAGAGAGCAAAACAGAUAAAAAUAUCUGCCCUUAUGGAGCUGACAUUCUUAGGAGAGGACAUACACACGCAUACACACACACACACGUGCAUAAACACACCCAGUCGGAUCCCUGAUCUGGGGAGGACCCCUUGUCUCUCUCCAUGAGGGAGAAGCCACCUAGUUGAAAUGACUAACAGACUGCCCUGGCCCCUCUGCUCCACUUCCUGUUACCCAGCCAGCAAGGAGUCCCCACUCCAUCAUGUCCUCAGGCUUUGGGACCAUUAGGGCACGCAAAGGGGAGACAAAAUCUCCUACUUCCUCAAGGGUUUCCCUUUUCAGCCUCUUGUUCUGAGAACACCCCUCUCUUUAAAUGUCCCUUUCAUCUUUGCUCCUACAGACUUGUACCCACUUUCAGGUAUUCAGUUCCCACCCACCUGCAGGGGAUUGAAAGUCCAGCCUCACCAUCCCUCCCCAAGAGUUCCCCCAGCUGGUGGUCUAUUUUAGACUGCUAGGACGCAGCCUGUCUGCCCACCAUGGGGCCACAUUUAAGUGGCCCCCUCCAAGAUAUAUAGGCCCCAGGGCUGUAUGGGUCCCCUUUUCAGGGAUUUUGUCGGGGGAGGGUCCUUGGUGCUACAACCCUUCCCCCACCCCUAACGAGACUGCGCACCUCUACACACUUUUCCUGCGUUCAUAUCAGUGCUUAACCCUGGUGGGGGACCCCAUGGGAAAAAUGGUGAAGAGUGAAAUAGGUGGGGAUAAUGCCCCCCCUACAGUAGGAUGCCCUCUGGGAUUCCCACAUGCACUAUCACCCCUGCCCCCUGAUUGGGAGGGGGUCUGUGAACAUAAUAGCAAAUAAAGUCAUGGCUUCUUUCCACGAGGGAGUCAGGCUGUCUUGGGAUG